GAAAGAUUGGAAGCCCGCCCACUUAUCAUCCUAAACCCUAACCCCGCCAAUAUCUCUCCUUCGGCUCUACCCUUUUAUCAAAACAGAGCGCCACUUCUCACUCGCUUCUCAUAACUCAAAACACCAAACCCCCCCUUCGCAACUGCUCACUUUCGCCAGGUCUAUGGGGCUUUACGCAUGACUCUGAAAAUAUUCUUGAUGUGGAAUUCCAAAAUGGUAAUAGAUGGUGGUGAAGACACAACUGUUGCAGCUUUAUGGCUUGAGGCUCGUAUCAGUAAUUCUUGAGGUUUAUUGAAUUUAUCUGGACCUGGAGAGACGAUUCAGGCGCAACGUCUAGUCCUGUCUCUGUUUUACAGUAUUCACACGUCAGCUAUCAAAAUAAAGCAACGCAUAUUUUUUCUCAUGUUUCUUAGUUCUGUCUUUUGGGACAUAUUUAUAUCGAGAACAAAUGACAAGCAUUCAGAGGCUGCUGCAGCAUACAUAGAGGCACAACAAAUCAAGGCAAAGGAGCAACAACAGUUGCAGAUGCAGCAGUUGCAACUGAUGCGUCAAGCUCAGAUGCAACGCAGGGAUCCUAAUCAUCCUUCUUUAGGUGGUCCUGUAAAUGCAACUGGCUCCGAAGGAAUGCUAGGGCAGUCAAAUGCAAGUGCAUUGGCAGCAAAAAUGUAUGGAGAGCGCAUGAAACACCCAAAUGCAAUGAAUUCAGAGACAUCCCAGCCACUUCUUGAUGCUACGGUGGCCCUUUUAAAAUCAGCUACAAAUCAUCCUGGUCAGUUGGUUCAAGGAAAUCAAGGAUGUGUAACUGCAGCAUUGCAACAAAUUCAGGAAAUUAAAGGUGACGUGAAUUUAGGCGGUCCACAGAGAGCCAUGCCCAUGGAUCCCUCCUCAAUUUAUGGACAGGGAAUCAUGCAGUCAAAACCUGGAAUAGGAAAUACAGACUGGUGUGAACAAGCUUGCUGAUUUGGUUGGAGGCACUCUUGGACCAAAAGGCAGGAAUGUCGUUCUAGAGAGCAAAUAUUAUUGCUGAACUAGUGCCAAUAGGUGGAUAUAUCUAUUUACUUAUGUAUGUUAUGCAUAUCAAAGCAUUAUUGUAUUAGUUAGUUUUUUAAUAUUAACUAAUACAAUAAUUGCAAAAGAGAAUAUUUUUAACAUUGUAACUUUUAAUAUUAUUGUAAGAAUAUUUUGAAUUAUACUUCAGUUAUCAAUUUAUGUUAUAUAUUUUUUGUUGAA